CAACAACAACUAUAUAUAGUCAUAAACAGCUCGGGAAAUUCUGCACGGAGCGUGUUAUGCAAUGAUGGCGCUGCAAAGAACGAGCCUAAAUGCAAAAAUAAGAGCGCUUUCGGUAAAUCCAUUUGCUUCAAGAUUGGGUAUCUUGCUAAAAACUUACUGUUCUGGAAAUGUAAAAGGAGCUUUACCAUCCAGCUCGAGACAGGAUGCCGGUUCCACGCAAGGGCCUAGUUUAUUAUUGAGCCGCGCUGUUAACCUUCCUCUUAUUUAUGCCCCGAAUACGCUGAACCUCAAGGAAGGUCUUUUUGAAAAACCUUUUUUCUAUAGAAAUGAAAAGAAGAAGAAAAAAAGAAAGCCAGGCAAGGGCUGGAGUACUUCAAAGAAAAAAGAAUCAACGGUACGUCAAGAGGAAGUGGUGCUGUCUGCGAGAAAUCAUGAAAGCAAGACUAUUCAAGAAGCUAUACGGAUUUUUAACACAAUCCCCAAUGAUGAAAAGAAUUUAGAUAAAAGUUAUUUAUUAAAAGCAAAGGAAAAAUCGUCUUCAGAUUUAAUCAACGAAUUGAGAAACAACCAAGCUCAUGUUUUAGGAUUAUCAGAUGCAGAGCUGACAAGUCGUUAUGACUUUCUUCAUAGUCACGGCCUAAGCAAAGUAGAUGCCCUCAAAAUAGCUAUUGUAUUUCCAAGUUUUCUGAGCAUUGAGUCAGAAAAUGUCGAAAAAUUUCUCAAAUUAUUCUUGUCCUUCAAAAUUGAUGUACCACGUCUGCUCCAGCACUUUCCUUUUGUGUUUGGUCUCAAUUACAAUGAUGUUGUAAGGAAAUUGGAACAUUUAGGAUCAAUAGGACUAAAGAAAAAGGAUGUAUCUGACUUAGUCAACCAGAAUCCAAUAUUAAUUUGCUUUGAUGUCAGUGAUAGUGCAAAAAGUGCAUUGAAAUUUGCAACUGGGUUUCCUGGCUGGAAGAGCUCUGCUGGAAAGAGCAGCUUUAUUGAGAGCCUGUUAAAGACAUCACUUGGAGCGGUGUCUACAAAGUAUGAGACUGAUGAAAAUUUUACAUCAGUUGCUUCAUUUGCUGUGGAGCUACAUGUUCAAGUCAGUGAGAUCUUUAAAAAAUGUCCAAGACUUUUUAGUACUGAUAAAGAGCAACUUACUAGAACACUUCACUUAUUAGGUGAUGAACCUUUUUUCUUUGACACAGAGGACAUGGCUAGCUUCAUUCAAAAGUAUCCAGAUAUAUUUUUACAGCUAGAUCAGAAAGAUGUUAAGGAGAAAAUUCAAAGGAUAUACAAAACACUUGGCGAACAAGCUGAACUCCACAAUAUUUUACAGCACAGUCCAAAAAUGAUCAUAGAAUCUACAUGUGUUGAGAAAAGGAUAGAGUUAUUCCAAGCAUGGGGUUUCACAGCUGACAAUAUUGGCUACCUGAUGAACAGAUCUCCUAUUUUAUUCAUUGAAAACCGGGUUGUAGAGAACUUGGAAGAAAGGCUACAAUUCAUUCUAGGACAUGGAGACCUAACAGCAGCUGACGUCAUGAAGUUUCCUACCUGUCUUCAAAUGCGAAUAGUAAUGCUCAGAUGCAAAAUUGGUUUCAUAAGGAGUGUUGCCCCAGAUGCACUUAGGAAUUUCUCUCUGCAAGAAAUAUUUACUGCUAAAAACCACAGUUUUGCAGUUGAUAUUUGUUCUUCAAGUGUAGAACAGUUUUACUCUUAUCUAAAAGAAAAUUUUCCUGUUUCUGACCAAGAAUGGAUAAAGAAAAAAGAAAAGCAGAGGGUAACCAAACCAGAAAAAGAGUCUUUGUAACCUUUAAGUAAUACCACUAGGUUGUAAUACUUAGUACUAAGUGCUUAGUACAUAGUUGUAAUUAUGAAAAGUUGUAAUUCAAAUAGUUAUUGAUUAAAUUGAAUUAGGUGAGAAUGGAUUUCAAGUCUUGCAUGACAUUUUUGGUCCUUUUCUCAGAUUUUUGUGUGUCUGAUAUUUCAUAUGAUGUUUGUUAUUGGAUUAAUAGUGAGAUUCCAUGUUACUUACUAAUGAGGUGUGUAUCUGACUGUAUUAAUGUUUUAAGCUUUGACACUAGAAACCAUUCAAUAUUCUUUAAGAUAAAUUAACAGAGCAAUUCUAUAUCCAUCUGUUUAUUAGAAAAACAUGCAACUGUAAAUUUAUGUUUAUAGUUGCCUGAUGUUGUUGAUGACAUUAAUUUUGAAGCUCAGAUUUCUAAAAAUCAGUUCUCAGCCCACACAGUUGUAAAAGCUCAAGUCAACUUUUGAGUCAGUUUGUUGAGUAAGUCAACUUUUAGUUAGUUCAGACUUUGUUAUUCAGCAACUAAAGACUUCUCAAAGUG